UGCUGGUUCAGGAUUGCAUCGCGAUCUCUUGGCAAUCGGUUACUCACAAUUCCUUUCUUUGGCACAACAAAGCAUCCAAUACCAUACCGUACCGCACCAUACCUUACUACUUCAAAAGAUAUUCAAGAUGGAUGCUUCCACCGAUGCCAUGAUCUGCACGCAAACGUGCACCCGGGGAUCCGGACGAGGCUAUGUGUGCGCUCCAGCUCACUUGAGAGCUUCGAGAUCCCUUGAAAACCGAGCCCCCGUGGAUGCCGAUCUGAGACUCUUGCCCGGCUACGAAGUUGUAGACAACAUCCACGUUGAAAAACAGGAUCAGGACGACCACGCCAAUACCAGAAGAUCCUCUGCCGGAAAAUACGCCAGCCAACUGGCUCGAAAUGCACAAGACAGACUGACCCGGACCAGAGAUCAAAGGGUAGCGUCACAAGCUCAUAUUCUCAUGCUGGCACUCUAGCUAGCCGGUCAAGCUGAGGCUCAAGGCGGAUCCAGGUUUCUGUGAUCCAAAAUACAUGAGACGAUUUAGUUAUCAAAACUGAUUCUAUAAUUACAUUUUUAUCCGAU